GGGAACAAGGCGGGCGGCGGCUUGGGCAUGGUCGAUCUUCAUGGCCUAUAUGUUGCCGAGGCGAUCGCGAGGGUCAAGAGGCACCUUGAGAGGUGUGCGGAGGCGGGGGUCGACAGGACUACCAUCAUUACCGGGCGUGGACUGCACAGCCAGGGCGGGGUCGCGAGGAUCAAGCCCGAGGUCGAGAAGUGGCUGGGGGAGCACGUGGCGCAGUAUAGAGUGCUCGCUGGCGCGAAUGGAGGCGCGUUUACGGUCGAGCUGAUGCAGGAGGAGCAGAAGGGCGUGUUGGGUGGGGUGUGGAAGUUUCUUGGGUGGUAGGUGGGAGGGAGGGCAGAGGAGGAUCUUUGGGCGUUGGGUUUUGGGUUUUGGGAUGCAUGCUUUGGAUCGGAGUUUGUUUGUGCGCGGAUAUCUACCGGCGGCGUUUGGGUUUAUGUAGCGGCGAUAGUUUGUGUGUUUAUGCUUUGGUUGUACCGCCUCUGAUGAUUACUGUUUGGAUCAUCUCCCUAUGGUGAAGAACUUCAUGAAUACUUCCAAUUGUUGUUUUUUUCUUUGGCCCGUGCGCGAUGCAUGUCUACACGCUAGCG